CACACUCGAUGAUUUAGCGACACUAGACCCAAACGGUGACGAGAAUCAUGAAAAUGUAUCAACAAAUGUUAAGAAAUCUACAGUUUCUAUUGAAAACGAGACAGACCCAACUAUAGAUCAUGAUGCCAUUAAAAAUGAUUCACCAGUGGUUAAAGAUGAAGACUUAAACCAACCAAAAGCUGACAUACUUUCCUUUAGAUCGCUAGUACCAAUGAUAAAACUAAAAGAUAAUAUUCCAAUACCAAUCAUAUUCAGGAGACAGGAUCUAGAUUUGGCACAAGAUAUUUUAAAAGGAGGUUUUAUUUCUCAAACGGACAACUUACCGAUCGAUGGUCUAGUAGGCAAUGCAUUUAACUUCAUCAGAAGAUUAAAAAGAGAGAGCGAACAGACAGAAAAAGAGAUAGAAGACUGUAAUUCAGUAGGUGCUAGUGAAGAUUGUGAACCAAAAACUUUAAAAAAGAUUAAAAUUGAUCUGAGUUCUGGAGCUGCUAAAAAGGCUAUUGAAGAUCUAUUAAAUAUCAAUAAAUUAAACUCAACUAAUGACGGAGCCUCUCAAUCAAUGAUAUCCUGCCCUACAACAGUUCUUUUGAAAAUAGUUUCCAAAGAAAUUUUGGAUCAACUAGCCGACAACGACUCGGGUAUACCAAAGAACGUUCGUGGGAUUUUGAACUCUAUUGCUAAAGGCAAUGAGGAUACAUUUGAAGAAUUAUUGACAUCGAUACCUAUAAAAGUGAAGACAGAUCUACAAGGUGGAGAUACGACGAAUAUAUUGAAUGAAUUGUCUAAUUAUGUCGAUACUUCACUCUGUUCUUUAGGUUAGCUAUCUGUUAGUGAAUAAAAUAUAUUUCUGAAA